UAUUUUCGGCGUUGUUGUGCUCUUAUCAAUUCGUCGUCGCUAUUUGCGCUAUUUUAUCUCUCUGUCAAUGCUCAAAGGCAUUCAUGUAAUUUAUUCUCCUCUCUAUUUUGUUUCUCACCCUUUUUCCAAGUUAUCUGAUUAUUUUGAGUGCAUUUGUUUUCCUGCGAAUCACUGGCCUUUCUAACCAUGGAGUCUUUAAAAUCUGUAAAAUCUGAUAACAACAUGUUUGUCAUCGAUAGCAAUGAAGCCUUGGAAUUUAAAUUUGUGAGAACAGCAGAAGAUGUUCAUGAUGAUAAGUGUAUCUUCAAACCUGAUUUGUCUCACCAAGUUUUUGGUGAAAGCGAAACUAUAUUUGGUUACAAGAAUUUGAAAAUCAAGAUCUAUUAUUCUGCUGGGAGGUUGAAUACAUAUGUUGCUGUUGAAUAUGAUGAGAAAGUUAAUCCCAACAAAGCAGACGGUCUGAAACCAGAUCCAAUUCUCCAGGCUUUAGAAGAAGUCAUUCCCAGUGGCUACACUCAAAAUUUAGAUGACUUUAUCGCUUCACUAUCCAAAGAAGCCACUUUCAAGCCUUUUGGAACCUUACUGCAGAAAUUCACAACAAAUAUGCACGGGAAGGAUCGAGAAUACGAAGUCUAUCUUGUAGAUACUACUACAAAGGAUUUCAUUGCCUACUUUAAAAGACUGCAAACAUUCGUUAUGUGGUACAUUGAUGCUGCUUCCUUCCUCGAUCACGAUGAUGAGAGCUGGCGUUACUUCCUAGUUUUCGAAAAGUACAAAAAUGAUGAUAAUCAAGAUGCCUACGCCGUAGUAGGUUUUGCCACUGUCUUUGAAUACUACGCAUAUCCUGAAAAUAUUCGACCUCGCAUAAGCCAAAUAUUAGUGUUCCCACCGUUCAAGAACCAAAGCAUUGGAGCUCAUCUGUACAAUGCCAUCAACAAACAUUAUCGAGUCAACAGUAAAGUAACUGACAUUACAGUCGAAACUCCAUCUGAAGAUUUCCAGCGUGUUCGAGACUACGUAGAUGUCAGCUAUUGCUCCACUUUAGAAAGUUACAAACCAGAUAAAAUACAGCAAGGGUUCAAUCAAAACAUGAUCCAACAAGCUAAUAAGGUCUAUAAAAUCAAUCCAAAACAAGCGCGUAAAGCAUACGAGAUUCUUCGACUGAAUUCCACAAAUCAAGCAGACAAAGCUCAGUAUCAAAGUUAUCGACUGGAUGUAAAGAAGAGAUUAAAUGUACCUUUCCAGAAAGAAGUCGCGUCCCUCAAAAAACUUCAGUCAAAGAUGAAUUCCUCUGAACUUCAAGCUGCUUUAAAUUUAACUAGCUCCGAGAAGAGAAUAGAGAGACUAGACCAGGAUUACAAAAAAUUAGAGGAAGAAUACCGCCGCAUUCUUGACCGCUUCCAUACUAAACCAAUGCAACCAACAUAAGAAGUGAUUUUUCUUUUAUACCUCCACUUUUACCACGUAAUUCAGCGUCUAUUGGACUGUUCUCUGCUGUGAAAAAUUUGGUCUCAGUUUCCAUUUCAACCGUAGCUUAAAUGUUGGAAAAUUCUUUUCUUUUUUUCAUUUUUUCCAUGUCUCUAAAACUUUACCUUUGUACCCAUGUAUCAUAUUUUAAUUUAUCAUUCAUUUUCACAAGGGUCCUCAUAUUCAAUGAUUUUUUUUAUUUUUAGAUAAUUUUUUAGAUCUUAAGUUUUAUUUGGCUCAUCACACCCUGUCAUCAAGUAAAUGUCACUAUUAAAAAUAAAAUCCAACUGCCAUUUUGUA